AUGUUAAACAUAACCGCCGAGUGCUCCGACGACUACAUGAAAGUGAGCAUUCAUUUCAACGGAACAUUCAUGGGUUUGGUCUAUAGUUCGGGUUAUGUUCACGAUUUGAAUUGCAUUUACGUUAACGGUUCCGGAAGGAAUCACUACGAGUUCUUCAUUAGACUCAACCAAUGCGGGACAUUAGGCAGACAAGAGAUGUAUCAGCCGACCCUUCCGGGAGAGGCCAGAAGAAGGGAUCAAUUGAUGUGGAAUACGCUUUCCAUACAAUACAACGCUCUGAUUGAAGAGGAAUUUGACGAACACUAUCGGGUGACGUGUGAAUAUGGAAGUGAUUUCUGGAAAACCGUUACUUUUCCUACCGUUAACGUCGAAGUGAAUACCGGGAGUCCCGUAGUGUUCACUAUAAACCCGCCUCAAUGCCAAAUGGAGAUUAGGAGAGGCUUUGGUAUCGCCGGCACCCGUACUUCGGGACCAGUGACUGUUGGCGAUCCGUUGACCCUGCUCAUUCACAUGAAAAGUGAAAAAAGGCCUAAAGCAAUGAAUCAUUAA